AUGGCGGGCACACUGCCUCCUCUCUUUGAGAUUUCGGAUGAGGAUCAUGGUGGAUAUGCUGCGGUCACAGUCUAUACAUUAUUGGCGUUGACGAUCGUGGUUGUCCUCACUCGCCUGUUCAGUCGGUGGUAUAUUGGACGAGUCAUUCACUCCGAUGAUAUUUUACUGGCAGCAGCAACACUAUCGGGCACAUUGCAGAGUAUCAUUGUACAACUUGCAAUCUCUAAUGGACUUGGUCGGAAACGCUCCACCAUCGACAAUCAUCACUUCAGGUUGUUUCUAAAGUACGAAUAUGUCGCACAAAUACUCCUUGUCAUGACCAUAGCGCUGAGCAAGAUUUCAUCGGGACUUCUCUUCAAGAGCACGCUCACCUCUAAAGGAUAUACAUGGGCAAACAUGUCGUUGAUUGGGGCAAUAUCUGCAUGGGCUAUUGGAUCCAUCUUAGCUUUGGCUUUACGAUGCUCUCUGCCCACACCUUGGGAGUGGAAUCUAACGGAAAAGUGCAUCAAUCAACCGGCACUGUUCCAGGCUAUCGCUGCAUUGAACAUCAUCACUGAUGUGGCCCUCGUGGUUCUUCCAUGUGUGUUGCUCCGCAACGUGCAGCUUUCCCGAUGGAAACGAUUUAGGAUUAUGGCACUUAUUGCCAGUAAAUUGGUAGUGUGUGCCGCGACGGGAGUGGAAAUCCACUACAUUUUCAACCUAUUCAAAUCACCCGACCUUCUAUGGGCAAGCACCAACUCGACUGUUUGGGACCAGGUCAUGAUGAACCUGAGUUUAGUCACAACUGCCCUCCCAUCCCUCGGAAGGCUGGUCGUCGAGCUUCAACCCGAUGUCUACGCAUUCGCCAUCCACGACGACCCUGCUAACGCACAUAUGGGCGAUAAAUACAACCUGUCAACCAUGAAAAGGUCAUUCCAUACACGAACUGAUCCACCUCUCAGCCCCGGAACCUCGGUGCAGGUCACCAGUGGAUGGCGGGAAUCAAUCCGAGAUGAUGCUGAAAGCAUGGAGGGACUAGUCAGCCCACCCACCAAUGUCAUCCAACAGACGAUCCAUUUCGAGGUCCAUUCAACAUCUAGCAAUUCAUGA